AUGCUACUCAUCUUCAAUUCAACCACUGGUGGUGUUUUCGAGGCGAUGGAUCCCAACGAACUGGAGUUUCUAGCGGAGUUUGAAUUUGUUACGAUAGUACCGCGAUUUCGUAUGGAUUCUAUUGAUCUUAUGGAAGUUCGCAUUGGGCCCUUUUAUCCGAACAUUCCCGUUAAUGUUCCUUUCUGGGUUGCUCUUUAUUUGCGCCAACAGCAGAAAUGUCGCGUAGUCCCCCCAAGUUGGCUGUCAGUUGCAAGAUUAUCAGAGUUUAAGGAAGUAGAAGGAUCAAGUACGGGUUGUACUACACCUCCUCACCCACACUACGCCGAACUGGCCACAAUGCUACUCCAGCACGCGUUAGAUGAUAUACCCAAUCAUGAGCGAAUUCGAACGCUUGUGAAGGACUUGUGGGAUGCUCGCGUUGGUAAAUUUGUUGCGUCAGCUAACAAUUUUAUCCUCAGCGGCGCUUCCACGGCGCGAGUAUCACAGCUGACGCCUUUGGAGCUGGCCACAGCCCGCAACCUCUUGACUAACUGUCUUGACCAACUAGCUGUCCUACGUGCCACACGGCACCGAAUUGUGGGACCUUCUGGUGUCUCGCAGAGCGGCUUUUCAAUAUCUGAUACAUAG